UCCGGGGGAUUUCAAGAUGGAUGCGCUCGACGAAAACGUGGAUGAAUUUCCCAGUGAAAUACAAGACAGAUUAACAUCUUUUCACGAUUCUUUGAAUAAAGUAGAGGCUACAUUAAAUACUCUGAUAUCUCGUCCAUUGAAUGAAAUACAAUCAGAGCUGUCGGCCUUAGACAGUGCUAAAUUGGAUCUGACUGCAGCCUACUCCAUCAAUGCUUUAUUCUGGAUGUACUUGAACACUCUGGGUGUAAAUCCAAAAGAACAUGGUAUCAAAAGAGAACUGGAUCGUGUGAAAGCAUAUAUGGUGAGAGUAAAAGAAGUGACAGAUAAGCUAAAUGCACCCAAGAUUGACGCACCUGCUGCAAAACGAUUUGUUAAGAGCGCCCUCUGGCAGGCAGCUCAUAAACAAGCAGAACAGAAAGAGGAACCCUCCACAAGUAACACACCAGAUGGCUCUCAGACUAAACGCCAAAAAGUGACACAUACACAUUUUAAAAACACUGCCACCAAUGACACAACCAACACCAGAGACACUUACAAAGACAGUUCAAAUAGAGAUAAAAAGUCUAAAAAGAAAGGCAAAAAGAAUAGGUAGCAUUGACUGAACAUUUUGCUGACUUUCCGGAUCAUAGAAAAGGAAUAAAUAUUUGUGACAGUUCAAACAGAAAGUUUUGGUCUUAUAAAGGAUAUAUUGAAAUUGUUAUUGAAAUGGGAUAUUUUUUUCAAAAAAAAUGAUUAGACCUUAAGAAACCCUAAUACCUCAUUUAAAAUUGAGUUUCUGAAGUAUUUUGACUAAGUAUUGGUCAGACGCGUUGACACUUGUGAAACGCUCUAGGCAUAUUGACAUAUUAUCAAGUUAUAAAAACAUCAUUAGUUUAUCAUAACUUUGACUGUCUCGAGUUAUUCUCUUGCUUAUUUUCGUGGACAAGACCUCUCAUUGUCGAUAGAUCGCAUAACCAAUUGUUUCUUUGUUAAAAUAAUACUUCAUUUCUCCCACAAAUUAUAUGUUACUCAGUCUAGACAUUUGUCUGAGUUGUUUUACCCUAUAUAU